CUAUCUGGAGGCCACGGCGAGGAUGAGCGGCUGAUCGAGGCAGAGGCCGGUUUGUCCUGCCAAUGGCCGAUUUUGUCCUGCCAAGGAAACGGACCUCGACAAAACACACAACUGCCUCGAUCUCGCCCGGCCGAGAGCCGUGCCAGCAUCCAUCCAGCCACACAGGCCGUUCCCCGCAUCAUCAAGCACCCCUCGGCAUUCCCGUAGGCCAUGUCCUGUCAAUGCUGUUUCGAAGUGGCUGAAUCGGACCCGCUCGUGCAGUGCUCCUCGAAUCCGACACACAUCUACUGCCACGCCUGCACUAACUCGGCCGUCGAGAACUUUGUCUUCCAAAAGAGCUCCAACUACGGCAAGCCUCUGGCCUGCUUCGGCAUACAGGGCUGCGAAGGUGUCCUCAAGAACGUCGGACCCGCCCUCGAGGGCCAAGACCCGCUCCAGGCUCGGCGAUACAAGCACUCCCUCGAGGUCGGCAAGGCCGAGCAGUAUCUGGAGAUACCCCGGAACGGCCUGCGAAAGUGCCCGAGCUGCGGGUUCUACCAGAUUGACGCCGACAUGGUCCGCACGAUCCAAGAACGAGAGGAGAAGGAGCGGCGGGAGCAGGCCCAGUUGCUCUGGCGCUGGAUCCAGGCGCUCUGGGGCACUGUCGUCGGGGUCACCAUGGCGCUCUGGUCAUGGACGCCGAAUCUGGUUACUCUCGAUCCGGCUGAAGACUGGGAGGGCCUCCUGGCCGAGGACCCUUUUCCGUCGCUGAGUCUGGAAGAAGACACCGACCGCAGUAGCAGAAGCACCACCGGCAACGACCACUGGCAGCCUGGACGGUCGAAAGCAUCAGUCCAACCCAUGGCUGAGCCUCAAGUCGAGACCACCUUCCGAUGCUGCAACGAUGACUGCCGAGCAACCAUCUGCCUCCGCUGCACCUGCCCGAUCGUCGGGGCCAUCGACGAGCACCAGCGAGAAUGCCAGCAGAGUCUCCGGAAGCUGCCGCGGCGAGACCGCCUUCAGCUGUUGUUCGACUCGGUCCUGGAGGAAGCUCGGUCCAGGGCCAUCAAGCUUGUCUGCCCAAAGUGUCAUCUCGCCAUCACCAAGACCACGGACGAACGCUCCUGCAACAAAAUGACUUGCCCAAACUGCCGCAUCCACAUGUGCUGGGUCUGCCACUACACCAUCCGCGGAUACGACCACUUUUGCCAUUGCCACCAGCAGCGCUGGCUGAACUUGAUCUCGACCGUCAGCUCGACCACGGGCCGGUGCAGCGACUGCAACCGGUGUCCGCUCUACGAGUUCAGCACGACCGAUGCACAGCGACGCAGCCUCGAGAAGGCCAAGAGCCGCUUCAUGGAGGCGUAUCCAGACUUUACUCCCCGCGACUGGCUGACGGCCCAGAUCAAGGGAUGGUGGAGGACACUCUUCAAGCGCUGAGAAGCCCCACACCCAUCGCUCGAUGUGCGCAACAACAGCAGCAACAGCGAUGACUGCUGCAAUACCGGACAUGCUGAUACCAUUGUCCUUGG